ACAGAUGCUCCUGGGAGUCCCUGCUGCAUAGCUGUGAAGAGAGGCUGUUGCUGUGACUUUCAGAAGAUAAAGUGUAGUGUCUCUGCUGGAAGGCUGAUUUCGGAUGUUUUGGAGUAAGCUGGUUUGUUUGUUUGUUUCUUUUAAAGCUGAAAGUGGCUUGCUGUGAUGGGAAGCGGGAGAGCAGGUAGCAGGUGCUGUCCUUCGUGGGUGGAACAAGGUGGGAAGAGGGGAUGCUGAUUGUGAACAUUACCUGGUGUUAAGAGAUAACUAGGGACCCCUCAUACUGCUUCACUAAUGAAAUCUCAGGUUGAACUUCACAGCUUUGUGUAGAUGUUUACUUUUUUUUCCUUGGAGACCAGCGACUGAGAUGCCAGUGGUGCUUGGGGUACAUCGGUGCUGGUCCUCAGCUUUGUUCUGCUUCUCAUUAGUCUGACAGCUCACAGAUGGUCAUUAUUUCACUGAAUAUUCACUUCUCCAGCAGAGCUGGAUUAUGAGUGCAAUUAAAGAGGAUAGCUAAACGGGGAAAAUAAUGGAGAUGCACUUAGCCCAGUGUACUUUCUUUUCUCUUCUGCCCUUUUUUUGCAUUCUGCCAAGGGAAGUAAUUGCAGACUUCUGUAAUGAUGUUAAUAAUCCAGCUCUGGUCAGGCAGAGAAGGAACUCUGGAGAUGCUGUUGUCAGUGUUCUGCAGUUUGUGGAUGGAUGUUAAAGGAGCAUCUGAAAGCAGUAAGAGAAGCUGUAUGUACCCUGUUUUAGACAAACUGUGCUGUAAUGAAGGUGGAGGUAACGUGGUAGAAAGAAAUGAUUGUGUCAGGUUGGGUUGAAUGCUUUUGUCUUAAGGAGUUGUUGGGGUGUUGUUUGUAAUAAGCAGAACCUAGAGGUCCAUUUAUGUAGGAAGACUGUGUGAUCUGACUCUUGUAGGUACUGAGAGCAUAUGAACCAUCUCUGCCCAUGGCGGGUUGCCUGCUGGCCAUUACCACAAAUAUGCAAAACUUCUCUUAAUUUCCAAUCAUUGGGUCACUUUGGCGACUCUUUGUCCUUUUCUUGCAAUCCCAGCAUCAGAAAAGAACAAGGAGCCCCAACAGAUGUUUGUUGCAGUGGUGUCAGAGAGGAAAGCUCCUUGCUUGGGAUCCUGGUCUUAUGUCUAUGGCUGAUGGCUGCUUCCCUGCCUCAUCCUCCCAAGGGUCUCACUGUUGUGCAAGGAGCCAUAGUUUGAAUCUUCCUCCUGUACAAAACAUCUUGGGGCUGCACUCUUCUGUUUUCAGCCCAUGAUAUAAACGAUACCUUGUAAGCUGUGUCUGGAAAUAGAAAAUAAAGCAAUUCUGAUUCAUGGUCUUUUGAGCCUUGUUCUUUAGACCAAAAUACACAGGAUAAAUCUGGCCCUUCCCUCUAUUCACUUCUCAUAGCCGCCUUUGUUUUUUAAUUUAUAUAUCUUUUUAUUCUGAAUUUCUCCUAUCCCCAAAAUAGAACAGACAUCAGCCUGCAAGCAAAGGUUGCCAGGCAUUGGUCUCGUGGAUUGUAGUGGCUUUUUGGCCUGGUUGGACACUGAGCCCCACCCUCCAUGGGCUUGGAUUGAAAAUAGCUUUCAGCCUGCUGAAAAGAAAGGCUGUGCACAACACGUUCAUGUCUUGGCUCCUGGGAUGCUGGCAGCCCUGGGAAGCCAUUCAGCUGCAAAAUGCCUUAGAAAAUCUGCUGCUAAUGCGCCGGAAGGUGUAGGGGUGACCCCUAUCAGCCAGAAGUGACCCCUACCCAUGCAGUUAUUGCAGAGAUGGAGUACAGUUUUUAGCCGUGCUUCUUGGCAGGAACUGAGAGUUGGGAAGUGUAGGCUGGCAACCAUGGGCUCUGCAGUCCAGUAGCCUGGAGGAAACCCCUGGUUCACCGUUAUUAGUGGAGAGGGUUAGUUGGAUGGGAUGACCCUUAGGAGGACCCCUGGUCUCUAAGAGGAGGUCUGGGGCUGGAAAGGGAUCCUGGCUGGGGAGGUGCUGUGCUACCUGGUUCUGUGAGCUUGGCAGAGAGCCUGGUGAGAAAUUGUAUCUGUGCUGUGCAUUCUUUGGGAGGUAGCAGCCCUCGCCCCAAAGCAGAGCCUUGUAUCAUCCUGCAUUCUUGGUGAGCAGCGUUUUGAUGCCCAGCAAGAACUGCAGCUAUGUUUUAGGGGGUGCUUUUGGCACUGGGCUGCCAACUGAGGUAAGUCUCAGCCCAGGAGAGCUGUAAGGCUUGGAGACUGCUCCUGUCCUGCUGUUUCCCACACAGUCCUGUCUGUCCGAACCUGAGCUGCACAGUCUUCUGUCCUCUUAUAAAAUUAAACAACUGAAAAAAACCCAACACUAAGGGCAGGAGAUCGAUCAGUGUCUGGGAUGGUGAUCUCAUUCUGCCCUAUGCCUAUUAGAAAAGUGAAGUUCUAAAGCCAAGACUGCUCAGGCAAGUCGGAGUGGUUGGCUCUGGGAUUGCUUUCCUUGCUUUGGGCAUCAGUUCACUGCAUAGUUAAACCUCAGCUGUUUACUUCUUGCCUUGUUUUAUGUUGUUUUCCAUUGUCCUUGGCCGUGCUUACGAGGCAGUGAGUUGCUUCAGCAGUGCCAGCCAGUGCUCUGCAGGGACGGAGGCACCAUGUGGGACUCGGGGCAGCCUCCAUCCUAUAUGGAUGUUCUGGGGGAACAAAAGGAGCAGGGGAGCGUGAGGGAGGAACAGAGAUGGGAGGAGAGCAGGGAGCCCCUGCCUGGUGCCUGUUUCACAGCUAUUUCUGACUAGCAUGUUUCACAGGCCUGGAAUGGUUUACAUGACCUUGAUGAUCAAACGUCUCUCUGAAGUGCCUUUUUCUCUUCCAUUUCUGUGGGCUCCGCCUUGGCCUGUUCUGUUUCUGGUUCUUCUAAUCUAGGCUAGACUGCAGAAAAAAACUUCAAGAUGAGGAAAUAUUGUCUCGUUUAUAAAACCUUUGUAAACAGUUGUGAAGCUGACUGUGGAAGGGCACCAGGAGGACUUUUUUCCUCCUAAAGUCUAGAGACAGAGCCUUCAGCCUUCGCCUAAUUCAGCCGGGUGUUUUUACUUAAGCUGAGAGUCAGGAGUCUAUUAGUUCACCUCUCUAUUUCUUAAAGUGGAAAAGCUGACUCCUACAGUUAUUUCUUUACUACAGACGUUUUUGUGCUAAAGGGAACUGAUUCCCCCUUUUUUUUUUUUCGUUGAAAAGAAUGCUAGCAAGGCUGCUUUUAAACAUUAUAUAAAUGCAGGAACUUUUAUGAGGCAAUGUGAUUUGUUGCCUGCUGCAGAAGCAAGUCGGGAGAAGGAAAACCUGCAGAACGCCAAUUCGGGAGCAAUUGCAAAAUAAGCAGAAGGAAGCAAAAACCAUAAGGAAGAAAACAUAACGAUGUGGGGUGCCUCAGACAGGCAGUGUGACUGCUGUAGCUAUUUUUUUCCAGUGCCAGGUGCUGGGGAGGCUGUGGUUCGGGGGGAUGCUGUGCUUUGCAGGUGUGCAAUGGUGUGCUUGGCUCUGGGUGCUGGAGUUCAUCCUCCCCUUACUCUGAGGUCCGGCUGUGUGGCUCCUGCCAGCUUUUCUGGGCACAACUUCUUCUCUUGCCUUGACUCCAAGUGAUGGGGAGACUGUCCUGCUAGGGGAACAUAACAACUUGCAGGGCAGUGGGGGUGUCCUUUGAAUCCCUACUGGAAUUACAGCGUCUCAUUGAGGCGGCAGGAAACAAAGCUUAAGGAAGAUCCCCUUUGUUCUCCCUUCUUUAAAGAUCAACAUAUGAAAAGUGUUUUGAUCCUAGAAGGGGAAUAGGAAGGCACGUGAUUCUGCUCUCAAAUUUUGACAUGUGGGACUGAUUUAUUUAUUUAUUUAUUUUGCCAGUGUGUUUGGGAUUGAUUUAGGGCUUGCCACAGCUGAGUGCACAAAAGCUAUUUAAAAUGGAAGUUGAAGACUAUGGAUAACAAACUCGCACCUACCUGGGUUAGGUGGAAGGUGAUGUGCACUGGGGUGCCUGGGAAAUAAUUGUGCUGUCACCUAUGUGCCACCCGUGUAUUCUUAUGUGCUUGUCUUGUUGGAGUUGGGGAAUUGUAGCUAAAAUCCUCCUUUUCUAUAUGCCCUUUUGACUUUAAGAUACCUUUGUAGCUUGGCACUGAGGAGCUGACAAGUUGAGGUGUGUUCCUGCUGGUGUGUGCUGGGAGCCCCAUGUUAUACUGGCUUGUCAGUGGCAGGAAAAGGGGCUGGGAGUGAUGCUGUUUGUGUUGGUGCAGUGGUCGGACAAGUCCCAAUUGCUUCCCUCCUUGUGGGGUAGGUGAAGCUGCUGGGUGAGCACCAAAGUUUUCAGUGUCUCCAGAACAGCUCUGCCGAAGUGGAGACUUCAACUCAAGCAACCCAUCCCUGUGAUUGGCAGCUGGAAGCAGCAUUUCAGCUGGGUGGGUGGCUCAGCAACACCUGAAAGGUCAUAAAUCCCAGGUCCUUGUUUACGCUGCCGUUCCAAUCUUGCGUUCCUUCUGAUAAUCAGCUGGGAAGGGUCUGCAGAGCAUUGUUUGGGUUUGGAGCAGGGCUGUGGUUUUGAGAUUCCAGGAUGCUGAGUCUUGUCCCAGGGAUUGGCUUGGAUGCUCUCCUGCCUUGGAGCCUCUGUGGCAGGACCCUAAUGAGCAGGCUGAUGCUGGAGUCUUCUAACAGUCUGUUGCUGUUUUGAGUUAAAACAGCAUUUGCCUUCUGCUAGGGCUGCUGGGCAGCUGCAGAGCUGCAGUGGAAUAUACAUAUAUAUACCACUAUAAAUCCUGUAGUUAAAUAUUUCCUUGACCCAACAUAGAACAAGGUGCUCGUCUCCAGCUGGUCACAGAAACAAAGGAAGUGAGUUGAAAAGCAGUAUUACAAUUAAGCUUUUUCUUCCUGAAUUCUGCACAAAACAUUUUGCCUCCAAAAAUAGACUGAGAGGACUUUAUUUUGGGAAAUACAUAAGGUGUAUGUAGAGUUAUCCCAUUAUGACUGGUGUUGCAGACAGGCAGGGAGAAGGUUGGUCUUGCUUUUAAGAGUGCUUUCUGUGGAUGUAACACUUCUGAAUGCACGUCUAACUGUAUUUCCAUUUGUUCUCCAUCGACCUCCUUCAAGUUCCUUAGUGUGCUUGGAAAUAAUGAGCAGAUUUGGUCUUUGUUAAGGUAAAAUCUACCUCUCCUCAGAGGAGAGAGGGGAAACUGGGCCUUCGAAGGGCUGAAAAUGUUUUGAGUGAGUGUCCUGGAUGUCUGACCUCAACUUUAGUCUGUUCCUUUCUGCUCUGUUUGGCCAAGGUUAGGCCUAAGCUCUCCGUGGGGACACAGAUAGGACAUUCCGGAGCAAUCUCGCCUCUGCCCCGCUGCUGCCCACCCCCUUUGUAAUGUUCUCGUCGAGCUGAUUUCCAGCUGGGCUCUUGCCACUGUUUAAUACAAACCAAAUGCUUUAGCAAAGGCAGUGUAGCCAGACUACUUAUUGAAAACUUGAGAAAUGUACAUUGCUUCUGCUUGGCUAAGAAGCUCUUGGGAGUUACCAUUGCUCUCCUGGACGGGUGGUUACUGCAGCCCCCAGUUACAGCCAUUGCUGAUAGCACAGCCUUGCAUGCCUCCUUCCCUGUGCCUUCUCCAAGGGGUGUAUGACCUUUUGUUGGGUUAUUGUUUUAGUCGAUCUCUUUAUUCACUGAUUUCUGAAGGUCUAUAUAAGAAGUUCUUGGAAAGCCAUUAAAUGCAGUGAGGUUCAACACUUCAGCCCUGUGCUAAUGGCCUUGAAACCCUCUCUUAUGCAAGCAUCUUUAUGACUGGCACCAGUCAAUAAUUCACUUUAGUUGUUAAGAUUUUGUCCAUUGAACACCUGGUAGCGUAGUACACUUCUAGUGCAUUGCUGUUUCAUGUGUUAUGUUCCCAGAUAAUACUCUGGGUCAGCAUUUGGAUCUCUUUGGUCUAAUCUGUGUUGUACCUCGUGAUAUUGUUGCUUGCUGCUACAGCUUCUCUUGCUGCCUGAGCUGCAGUUGCAUUGAGCCUUCUAUGAAAUGGUCUGCCUUGCUUCGACUUGGCUUCAUGUAGGAUCUGUAAAUGUAUAUAUUUAUUUUUUUAUUAAACUUGGAAAUGUGAGUGUGUUUUUUUUUUCCCCACAGCAAUUCAUAAGUUAUUAUACUCAGUAGCAGCAAUGGACUCUUAGAGCAAUUGCACUCUUAGAGUGCAAGAAAUCAGCAGUCAAAGCAAAGAAUGGCUUCACAGCAGAGAUCAGCCUGCUGCUAGUAGCUUUCUUUAUGGUCUGGAAAAUAUGAGGAAGCUUAUUAAUUAACAGCAUAAUGAGCUAUAUGGUGAAGAUAGCAGUCUAGGGACCUGAAGGCUAUGGGUGACAAAUUGCACUUAACAUAUGAGUCAGUGGCAGUCCAAUCUAGUGCUCUCAUCUUUUCACACAUCAGAAUAAAAGUGCAGUGGAUGUAGGGCUGCUGGAAUUGGCCUCUCCAGUAAAUCCAUCCUACAGGAGAUUUUCUGUUGGGGCCUUUGGAAGCAACAGUUCUGGGGGAGAAGCCAACAAAUCCAGCCCCAAAGCUGAAUACCAGGAAAAGCUUCAAAGUCCCUUGAGAUAAGACCGUAGACUAGUCCAACGCAGCUCAGUUUGUAGGCCAACUUGCACAACUCCAAGAGUCAUGUGCCAAAACCUUCAUGUCUUAUGGCUCUUGGCUACCUCCAGCAUCUGGCAGGAUGCCUGGGUGAGAUACCAGCAAAUCCUUAAAGGUUCUGAAGGGCUGGGCCAGGCACGUGACUGCUCUAACUGCACGGUCUUUGCCUUGACUCGCCAGUGGUAAAACCUUCCUUACAGUGGUAGUCGCCUACCUGUGGGUUGUGUGGGGCUGAAGAGCCACCCAGUGGCUGUCUCCCACAGCCUCAUAAACAACCAAGAUCAUUCUGCAGCAAACUGGUAUGGACAGUGGUCAGCAACUGGUCAAAUGCCUACUGGACUGAGAAUGCUGUGAUGACUGCGGUGGAGUAAUCUCAUCUUGCAUAUGGGUGGAAGAUAUGAAGUGGUUCUUGACCUCUUGUGCAUAACUACCAGUCUUGCUACAGUCCACAGAUUUAUUUUGAGAGCCACAUCCUUUUUGCUGUUGUAAUCUUGUUUUGAAGAUUAUACCUAUUUAAUCUAAUAGGCUGCUUCUGUAGGCAAGUCACUGGUUGUACUUGACACUGGAGAUGGCUCUUGUUUGCUGUAGGCUUUCAAAUCAAAGUGAGGUAGGGUCGGUGGCUUUUGUACCAGUGUUUUAGUAUUUGCUAGGUGGGUCUUCUCCUUGGAAAACUCCAGCUGAGGUUGCUGGAAUGUUUGUGGAGAUGUUGCCGCCACUCAGACUGCACAGCACUCAUUGGUGGUGAGAAGUGACAGGGCUUAAGGCAGACAGGCAGGAAGAUACAAAUCUGUGCUGUGCUUUGUACUGUGGUUCAAUACAAGAUGUAGGUUUUGAUGAACAUUUUGCAAAUUAGCAUGAAGUUUAUUCCAGGAGCAUACAGUCCGUGUAGGCCUUCCAUAUGUCUCAAUUGUAAAUGUGACUCAAUUGGGCACUGCCAGAUAAUGGGACAGAACAACUAUGUGAGCAGUAACUUGUGUUCUAUAGUGGUAUGAUUCCAGUGUAAAGCACUAUAUCCUUGGACAGUGACUUAAUGUGAAUAGUCUUCUAGACUUAGGCAAGUAGAGGAAUGCCUAAGCCAAAUACAGGCUAAUGGACAGUCCUGGCAUUUCAAGUGAGAGAUGCAGAAGUGUGUUUGUGCCAACUCACGAACCCACUGCUUCUUGCUUUCUUCCCCUGCUUGGGUGUAGUUCUACCCUGUGUCCAGAUCCCCUGCUCUCUGCUUGCUUCAGUCCUCAUCUGCCUUCACCUCGUGCCAUUGCAGUCACCCAGAGAAAAGCAUUUGCCUUGGAAGUGACUUAAUGUAAGAUGUGUUUUGCAUUGGGUUAGGUGAAGGUGCAAAACUGGCUUCAAAAUAUUCUCUGCUCCAGGUUCCUUUCAGCUGCCUCUGCUUUGGCUGGAAGAAGGCACUGCAGGAAGGAUGGGAAGUGCCCCAUACUGCUGGUACCCAGCUCAGCCCUGUGCUGUUUGCUUCUGCCCGUGAAAUGCAGCAGAUCCAAUGAAAGCUUUCUGCAGUGACAGUGCAGGAAGGGUUCCCAGCCCGUCUGUAGGUUCUCGCUUUACAAACAAAACAAAGCCCUGUACUCCCCUUUGCCCAUGAUCUCAAGAGAAUAGCUUGUUCUUUAUUGUUAUAUUAUUUUCUCCCCUACAUGUACCCCCUCUCCACACCCACCUCUGUCUUUAGAAUUUAAUAAAGUGGGUGACUCAGGACUAAAUAUAAAGCCUGCUUCCGGCAUCAUCUGCCUGUGGCUCAUUUCCUGGAGCUGACAUCAGUGGAGCCUCUGAUUUCCUUAUGAAAUAGCAAGACAUGAGAGAUCCUUUGCACGGUGUUCUGGGCAUACUUUCUGACUUCUGUGGUGACUGCAUGGCUCCCUGCUUUAAGCUGGGAAUAACUACUCAGUUAAUUGCUGCGCUGAGCUUUGCCGGAGCGCAGGAUGGGUUGGGCAAGUCCUGGAGUCUGUUUUACACUGCAGAUUCAGACUCUGGUUUGCAGGCACUUUAAAAAUAAAGACAAACUUUCAGACUCUACCACAUAUGCAGGUUUUUAUUAAAUAAGCAUGAGCCUGACUAAUGUCUUGCUUUCUUCCCGAUGACAGGCUUGUUGAAAGAGUGGCUCAGAAAGCUUUUAAGGGGGCAAAUCCUGCAAAGGCAUUUCUUUUUUCUUCUUUAAAGGGACUGAUAAAUUGAGGAGCUAAGGUCAAAUGCUUGUUCCUUUGUUGUGAAAGCCUUCCAUAGAUGUUUACAUUGAUGGAAUGUACUUUGCAGUUGAUCAGCCUUGGAAGGUGAAGGCAAGAAGUGCAUAAAACCUCGAAGUAUGUUAAAAAGCACAUGGGAGAGUGCUUGUAUCCAUCUGUACAUGACUUCAUUAAACUCCUUAUCUUUAAGGAGAAUGUGCACAGAAUGGGGGAUGGGAGGGGAGUGGUGGCUUAGAAAUGGUCACUGAUCCCAGCUACAAAAUGGGAUGCUGGCUGGUUAUCAGCCUUGCUCUCUAAAUCCCUGCCUUGCAACAAGUGGUGUUUUUGCUAGCAAAGGCUGUUUAGGUCUCCUGGUUUCUCUUCCACCUAGUCACCUUUUUUCCUUAUAUCCUCUCUCUCUUUUUGAAGUAGGAGGAUGCUCUUGAAAACACUUGGUUACACCAAGGAGCUAAGAUAAAACAAGCAGGAUGUAUGCCUGUACUGCUGUGGGGAGGCUGAAAAGUUUCAAUUGCCUUGGCUUUUUGAGCUGCUUGUGACUUGUCCUCCUGCUUUCUCAUCUCAGAGCUGACCUGCAGCACCAGUAUGGGCACAGGGCAGGCAUGGCCCCUAUAGCUGGCCGGAUGGCAGGGUGGGGCUGGCUGUGCUGCAGCAAGCAGCUUUUUGCUGCAGGAGCUGGAGGUGCCUGCAGGCAGAACCCUUCCCAUGUUAUACCCUAGGGCUGCUACAAUGUGCUUUUUGGGAACUUGUGCUUCACCUUGGGAUUCAUUGAUUAUCUUGUACGGUUUCCAUUAUUAACAUGGCAUCUCUUGGUAUUACUAACGAGGAGUAGAAAGUCUUCUGGAGAGGCAGAAAAGCAAAGCGUCGGGGAGCAGGUGGAGGUUUUCCAGGGUGGUGUGAGGAAGGGGACGAGUUGAUGAGUUGACUCCUGGUUGCCCUCUGUGCUGCCUCACCUGGCUGGCAGCUCCUGCUCCGUAACCUCUGGAGGGCAAAACACACUUAGUGGCCUCACAGUGAAACUUGGCAGCUGGAGCUGGGGAGGAGACGUGCCCUUGCUUUGCGCAAUGAUGCGCUGGAGGGAUCCUGUCCCUGUGCGUCAGCAUCAGCACCUCCCUGUGCUUGAAGGGCGUUUUGCUGACCCUGACAGCACCGCUGUCCUCCCCCUGUGCAAAUCUUGUGAUCGUGGCAUGGUCCUUUCACAUCCCUCCUGCACACGGGUGGUGUUGGCAAGCUGACAGGGAGGGGAAGUAUUCACCUUAAGACUGUAUCCUCUUGCUACAGCCGUGCAACCGGGUCUCAUGCAGGAGAUACUGCUCUUUUAGUGGGAGAAUGGUAGAUCUUGGGUGUGUUGUGGUCAGAUUCCUCUAGAUGUGUUGUGUGCUCCCAGGUUGCUGGCAAUGAUGAAGGAAGGGCUCCUUGCCCUGGAUAUGUCCCUCACUGGGGAAUGGGUGCCUGCUGCUUGGUGCAAGAGGUGCUUUGUCACCCAACCGGAUCAACUUCUGAGCUCCUUGGGCAUCCUGUGCUUCCCUAAAAGGCUUUCUUAGACAGCGAGAGAGGAAGAGGAAAAUACACUGGCGUACUGAACUGACCAUAGAACUCCUAUUUUGGAAGAGGGCAGGAGCUGUGUUCUGGCUGUGCUGGAGGAAGCGGGCUGGGAGCAGCGUGUCCCCGAUGCCGUCACCCACCCGGGGUGUGCCGCAGGGAGAGCGGCGCUGGCACUGCCUGAGCACUAUUUUGGGCUCGGCUGUAAUUGCAGGUUGCACCAAUAGGGCUGGGUUUGGGGAUAUUUAGAGAGCUGAGUGCUUUUAAUUCUGGCUGCCACUGGUCCUCUGCAAAUAUAGAUAGUUUCAUGCACGCCCUGCAUGAGUAACUUCAGCUUCUCCUCACCCUGGAGCUGCUGAACAUCUGUGCUGGCUGUGGGGCACGAUGCCUUUUCCUUCCCCAGCAAAGGGAAUGCUGGCAGCUAUUUGCCACCUAGGGAGCAUGACUGCCACCUGAAUGAGAAAAUGAAUUAAGUGGAGUGGGAAGCUGCCCCUGCAGUGUGGGGCUGCCACCUACAAACCUGCAGGUGCUGCUUUUCUGUUCCAGAACCACAGAUAUGCCAGAGACAAAGGGAGGCUUUCCUUUGCCAUCCUCUACUCCUGUGACAGCUCUGCCCUCCCUGCAACAAGGCUUGAUAGAGGAAAUUGUCAUCUAGUUUGGGAGCCAAGCUUUGGCAUGAUCUCUCCAAGACCUGUGUAGCCCCAAAGUCUCAGUGCAUCCUAACACAGCAUGAGUUCUGUGCACUGUACCUGCACGUAAAGCAAAAACAGAGAGGGAUUAAACUUCCUGAAACAAAGUUCUUCGAUUCUGAUGCAUGUUUGCGCCAGGUUCCAUCACUGCUGUGGGUGAGCUCCUUGCAACCAGCUCUGCCUCAACGCUGAACCCAGCUGCUGCAAAUGGGAGCAAUGCUGAGGCUGCUCUCCCAGAUCCCCACCUGACAUGCAGACAACCUGGUCCUGUUGGCCUGAAAAGCACUUUUGCACUCCAACUUCUGUCUUUUGCAGUUGCAGUUUUGGGCAUAAAAACGUCUAUUUUGGUUGUCAUUAUAUUUACCAUCCCGAGGAAGCUGGCAGGUUGUGGCUUUGGAGCUGGGGGUUUGUUUUGUGUGUGUGUGUGUAUGUGUGCUUUUUUAAAAGCCUCUUCUUGAAACCUCGCAGCUGGAAGCUAAAUUUUCAGGUAAUGCCCAAGAAUUGGGGCCAGGCAAUGACUCACUUUCCUGUCUGAUGUAAUUAAAGAAAGGAGGAAAAAAAAAAGAAAAGGGAGGGGGAGAAAAGAAAGGAAAACAGUGAGCCUAUUGGUCAGGUAUUUGUUAUAAUGGUCACAGGUUCUUCACAUUCUUUACUAAUACAAGUGUUCUACUUCUUGGUCCUCCCUAAAUCCAUGAGAUGGCUGUCACCAUGCAGAUCUCCAAAGAUGAGCUGGAGGAACUCAAGGAGGCCUUUGCCAAAGUUGACCUCAACAGCAAUGGAUUCAUCUGUGACUAUGAGCUGCACGAGCUCUUCAAGGAAGCCAACCUGCCUCUCCCUGGGUACAAAGUGAGAGAGAUCAUACAGAAGCUCAUGAUCGACAGUGACAAGAAUAAGGAUGGGAAGAUUAGUUUUGAAGAGUUUGUCUAUAUAUUCCAAGAGGUGAAAAGCAGCGACAUUGCUAAAACUUUCAGAAAAGCCAUCAACAGGAAGGAAGGCAUCUGUGCCAUUGGGGGCACCUCAGAGCUCUCCAGUGAGGGAACGCAGCACUCAUACUCAGAGGAAGAAAAGUAUGCCUUUGUAAACUGGAUAAACAAAGCCCUGGAAAAUGACCCUGACUGUAGGCACGUUAUUCCAAUGAACCCAAAUACAGACGACCUGUUCAAAGCGGUGGGAGAUGGGAUUGUGCUGUGCAAAAUGAUCAAUCUUUCUGUUCCGGAUACAAUUGAUGAAAGAGCAAUUAACAAGAAGAAACUCACACCGUUCAUAAUUCAGGAGAACUUGAACCUGGCGCUGAAUUCUGCAUCCGCCAUCGGGUGUCAUGUUGUCAAUAUUGGUGCGGAGGACUUGAGGGAAGGGAAACCCCACCUGGUUCUUGGGCUUCUCUGGCAGAUCAUUAAGAUCGGCUUGUUUGCCGACAUUGAGCUCAGCAGAAAUGAAGCACUGGCCGCCUUACUUCGUGAUGGUGAAAAUCUGGAGGACCUUAUGAAACUAUCCCCAGAAGAGCUGCUCCUAAGAUGGGCAAACUUCCACUUGGAAAAUGCAGGCUGGCACAAAAUCAAUAACUUCAGCACAGACAUCAAGCUUACAGAUUUUGGUAAUUCAGUAAAGGAUUCUAGAGCUUAUUUCCACCUUCUCAAUCAAAUUGCACCUAAAGGGCAGAAGGAAGGAGAGCCUCAGAUCGAUAUUAACAUGUCGGGUUUCAAUGAGAAGGACGACUUGCGCAGAGCAGAGUACAUGCUGCAGCAGGCAGACCGGCUCGGGUGCCGGCAGUUCGUCACGCCGGCUGAUGUGGUCAGUGGAAAUCCCAAACUGAACCUGGCCUUCGUUGCAAACCUCUUCAACAAGUACCCAGCUCUUACCAAGCCUGAAAACCAGGACAUCGACUGGACUCUGCUAGAAGGAGAGACCCGUGAGGAACGGACCUUCCGUAACUGGAUGAACUCCCUUGGUGUGAACCCCCAUGUAAAUCACCUCUAUGGUGAUCUUCAAGAUGCACUGGUAAUACUACAAUUAUAUGAAAAGAUCAAAGUUCCUGUUGACUGGAAUAAGGUUAACAAACCCCCGUACCCUAAGCUUGGAGCAAAUAUGAAAAAGCUAGAAAACUGUAACUACGCUGUUGACCUGGGAAAGCACCCAGCCAAAUUCUCCCUGGUUGGCAUUGGAGGACAGGAUCUGAAUGAUGGAAACCCAACGUUGACACUAGCCUUAGUCUGGCAGUUGAUGAGAAGGUACACACUGAACGUCCUUGAGGACCUGGGUGAUGGUCAGAAAGCCAACGACGACAUUAUAGUCAACUGGGUAAACCAGACCCUGAAAGAAGCUGGGAAGUCCACCUCCAUCCAGAAUUUCAAGGACAAGACUAUCAGCACAAGCUUGGCAGUUGUGGACUUAAUAGAUGCUAUACAGCCUGGCUGCAUCAACUAUGACCUUGUAAAGACUGGUCAUCUAUCGGAAGAUGACAAACAAAAUAAUGCUAAGUAUGCUGUAUCCAUGGCAAGAAGAAUUGGUGCCCGAGUCUAUGCUCUCCCAGAAGAUCUUGUAGAGGUGAAACCGAAGAUGGUCAUGACCGUGUUUGCCUGCUUGAUGGGCAGAGGGAUGAAGCGAGUAUAAAAGGGCUGAUCCGUGUAAGAAUUAAAACAAACAAACAACAAAACACAACAAAAACCCAACCUGCCACCCUGGGUGCAUGAGUAGCAGACCAGCUGUGUCCACGUUGAAAUGCUGUUGGCCUAGGAACUGCUGAAGUUCAAGGGAUGUUGUUUUGCUUUGCAAGACAAACGUAUCAAAAUUCUCAGGGAGAGGAGUCUUAACCAACAGAUGUGCUCUUUUCCCAAAGGAAAGUUGUGCUUAUCAAGAGCUCACAGAAAUGCAUUCAUAGCAGACCAGCAUCCUACAGUGCUGCUCUGGAGCUGUUUGGCCAUGUUAUUUCUCCAAUACUUGAUGUGCGUAGUUCUUGAUUUAUUAUUUUUUUUCCUCUUUUUUCCAUUUUUUUUCUUUUCCCCCUGAGGGCUAUAUAAGGUGGUUGGUAGGAAUUGUAAUGGGAAUGAAUUUUAUUUCUAUCUGCAAUCUGAUUUAAUUGCUGUCAUUUGGUCCAAGCACGUUUUAGGUUUGACCACUUCCUUAACUUGGCAAACAAAGCUACCAUACAAGUUGGGGCCUGCAGGGCAGCUCACAAUGCUAAGUGAGCGACGUGUGACUUGGAAGAUGGAUCUUCUGGUAUUCUCUCUACGUGGUGCUUUUUUAUACAUCUCACUAUUUUGAUUACUUUACAAAUAAAGCAUGGCAGUUUUUUCUCUUGCUGCUUUAAAAAAAAGGGUUGUUUUUUUUGGUAUUUUAAAGUUUCCUAUAUCUGAGAAUACCACCAUCCUUGAACUUCUCCCAGUAACACCUGAUAUCAUGUUGCUGAGGGCACAGCUGCACGUGAGAAUGGAAGUGAAUGCAUUUUUGUAUGCAUCUUGGUUCAGUUGUGUGUACCUAGAACAUAAUUUUUACAGAAAUCUGCAUGACAAAUAUAACUUUUUUAUUUAAAAUGCUGUUGGAUAUAAAACCAUACUACAUUGUGGGGAGGUUUUGUGCAGGGAAGAGGCAAAUAUUAUGAACAGCAGGGUUCAAUAAACUGAAGAGCAAAUGUGCUGGAAUAUAAAACUAUUUUUACAGAUGAAAGGAAGCAUUGUCGCCAAAGAAGGAAGAUGCUGUAUCCAUAGGAGUUAAUAUUAUCUUGCUUUGGCAAGCUGUUUGCUAUAUUUUGAGAUCAUAUUGCUAUUCUGAGCUAUUCAAAGUGAUGUAAUAUGGUGGCAAAGCAUUAGUUGAAAUAAAAAAUAAAAAACCAAAACCAUUCAAAUACA